CUCUAUUUAUUGAUCCGUGCUUAGGGUGGUGUCUACAUAUUUAUAUAUUUAUAUCUAAUAAAGUGAAUGUCCAGUUGUUAGUCAACAGUAAAAAAAUGGGAGCAAAAAUGAUCUAGACAAGUUAAAAUAAAUUAUAAGAUCAGAGAACAUAAAAAAUAAUAUUAUGAAAGUGCGCACUGUCGCUUACAAUCAAAAACAUCAAUCUACUGUUCACAAUCCAUCAGGAAAUUUAAAUAAACAAAAAAUGAGAAAGUAUUAUCAGGCAGCUCUAGCUCUUACGGCAGCAGUAAGUUUGAUAGCUCUGCUAUUUUACAGACAUGAGUACAAUAAAUUACGAUUUGUACUCCAAGUGUUCAAUUACUUUGGAACACCUCAGAAAAAUUCAUUCAAUUGCACCAACAGUAUCCACAUCACUGACAAAUAUUAUCAGUCUUCUUCCUGGCAGCGUAUUUCUGAUGAUUUUUAUAUAUACUCAGCUUACAGUUACGACGAAGGAGAAAUAAAAGCUAUUGGGUUUGGUAAAAGAUCUGGUAAUAAUUAUUACUGUCGUGUUCUGUUUGAUGACCAGCUGGAGUUCGUUGACGGCAAGUUAAUUAUACAGAAGAUUGAUGAGGACCGUCAGGAUCUUGGUAAUAAUGAUGAUUUUAUAGACAAUAAUGAUCAGGACUACAAUGGAUUUUUAUUUACUUGUAAAUAUGAAAAGCUGCAUGACAAGGAUGUCGUUGGUGUGGAAAUAUUUGACGACAAGCUCAAAAAUAAUGACAAUAAGCCAAUUAUUCAAGUCCAGACUCUGGAUAAUAGUUUAAAUCAUAAUAAAACAAAGACCAUCAUCUGCGUAGCACCGCCGGUAUCAAAACCAUUGAAACAUAUUGAUAUGAUAAGCUUCCUGGCUUUCCAUGACUACAUUGGGUGGGAUAAUUUUAUUGUUUAUGACUAUGGGAUUCCUUAUGUUUUCAAUGAGGCUGUCAAAACGAUGUCCAUGGUCUCAAAUGUUCAAUGGAACUUCACUUACACGACGACCUCGUGGAAUUUUCCUUACGCACAAGUUCCCAGACGUGUUAUGAGAAAUUUAAUAGAAGCUGAUUGUCUGUAUCGCACGUACACACGUGCUAAUUUGGCGGUAACUCUAGCUUGGGAUGAGUAUGUCAAUCUCAAGUAUCAUACUUCCGUAGAACAUGUGCUGUCAGAUUUAAAUAAAGUAAAUGGUAAAAUAGAUGAUAAGUUUCGUGUUAAUGCUGUAAUAUUUUGUACUGAUUACGCUGAUAGUGACUCGGUAAAUUCACCUACUCCUGUGAUAUUACGUACGACACGUAGACUACGGACUGUUGAUAAAAAUGAACCGUUAUUUAUUUAUAAGCUUGAUCAUAUUUCUAGCAAUGACGUUACGCAGCAGGAUAUGGAUGAGUUGAUGAUUAUUAAUCGUUAUCAGAAAUGCAAUACUAAUGAUAGACGGCAAAUUAGUAAUGGAGUUCUGAGAUUCGCUGAAUCAAUGCCGAGUUCACAAAUAUUUCAGUAUUAUAUUACUGGUAAAUUGUUCAGCUAUAAUUAAUUAAGAGCAUUCUCAGACAAUAGUCUCCACUUUCUAAAAAUAUUCAAUGACUGAACUGUCAACCGCAUUAAAAUUUUAUUAAUUAACAAAGAAAUUGAAGGAUUAAUUUAAAAAAGUACGACGUAAUUACAAUUUGCUGAUUUAAAAAAAAUACUUACAAUUGACAUCAAUUAGGAGUUAAACAAAAUUUGUUAAAUAAAUUUAG